AUGGAAGUGGAUCCGAUCGAAGCGGACCCGGUUACGCACACCCUGCAGGCCCGGUUCGUCUCCGACACCGGCGAGGAGGCAGGCCCACCGCUCGAUUUACCCAUUAACGUGACGAAGGAACAGCUGGAACUCAUUUGCAAUGCGUUGUUGAAGAACGAGGAACAAACACCGUACCUGUUCUUUGUCCACGAUGAGGAAAUUAAACUGACCAUCCAGCAAACGCUCGACCAGAAGCAGCUAAACGUGGAGGAUGUCCUCGACAUCGUCUACCAACCGCAGGCCGUAUUCCGGGUGCGCCCGGUGACGCGAUGCACCAGCACCAUGCCGGGCCACGCCGAGGCCGUCGUGUCGCUGGCGUUUAGCCCGAACAGUGCCCAUCUGGCCAGUGGGUCGGGCGAUAAGACGCUGCGUCUGUGGGACCUGAACACCGAAACGCCACAUUUCACCUGCGUCGGCCAUCGCCAGUGGGUGAUGUGUGUGGCUUGGUCUCCCGAUUCGCUGAAAGUGGCUUCGGCCUGCAAGGCGGGCGAAAUUCGGAUCUGGUGUCCCGACACCGGCAAGCAGCUUGGCCGGGCGCUGGUCGGGCACAAGAAAUGGAUCAGCUGUCUUGCGUGGGAACCGUACCACAAGAACCCCGAUUGCCGGUUCAUGGCCAGUGCCGGCAACGAUAACGAUGUGCGCAUUUGGGACGUGGUGCUGGGUACGUGCGUUCGUACAAUAUCCGGCCACAUUGCGGCCGUCACGUCGGUCCGCUGGGGCGGCACCGGUCUGUUGUACACAUCGUCGCGCGAUCGGCUGAUCAAAAUGUGGCGUGCCGAAGAUGGUGUCCUCUGUAAAACGUUCACCGGGCACGCGCACUGGGUGAACAGCUUGGCCCUGAGCACGGACUACGUGUUGCGGACGGGACCAUUCCAUCCGGUGAUGGAUAAAGCGCAAAUGUACGGUGUGGUCGACAAGGACAAGGACACACUCCGGCGGAUGGCGCUCGAGCGGUACGAGAAGGUGUGUCCGGAUGGAGUGGAAUCGUUUGUUUCCUGCUCCGAUGACUUCACGCUCUACCUGUGGAGCUCGAACCAGAAACAGUUCAUAACGCGAAUGACUGGCCACCAGAACGUCGUGAACGAUGUGAAGUACUCGCCGGAUGUUAAGCUGGUAGCGUCUGCGUCGUUCGACAAGUCGAUACGGCUGUGGCGUGCAAGCGACGGAGCGUUUAUUUGCGCCUUACGGGGACACGUGCAGGCCGUCUACACCGUGGCCUGGUCCGCUGACUCACGCCUGGUGCUGAGUGGCAGCAAGGACUCGACCCUGAAGGUGUGGAGCGUAAAGGAGCGCAAGCUGGCCCAAGAGCUCCCCGGACACGCCGAUGAAGUGUACGGCGUUGACUGGGCUCCGGAUGGUUCGCGUGUUGCAUCCGGCGGUAAAGACAAGGUUCUCAAGCUGUGGGCAUACUGAUAAGGCAGUUUCGGUUCAUUUCUGACACGCAAGUGGCAAACGAUAAAAUUUAUUUCCAC